CGGGAUUAAUUGGGACUCCUCCCACUUGCCAUAUUGGCGCUUACUACGAAUUAGCUACUUGGCUGUAGAUCCGCGCUACUCUGCGCUCCCCGAAGAUACAGGCGUAGCAGCGGGAAUGAAAGCGGGUGUGACCCACUGCAGGUGCUCCAGGUGCUUCUCUGUCCCUUCAAAGCGAAGAAUGAGGAAGAGACCCAGAGUCCUGACGCUGUUGUGCCUCCCGGAAGAUGUUCUCUUUCAUGUUCUUAAGGGGCUGCCUGCUGAAGACAUCCUUUCCCUCCGAGCUGUUCACUCUCAUCUUAAGUACCUUGUAGAUAACCAUGCUAGUGUUUGGGCCUGUGCAAGUUUUCAAGAUGUGUGGCCUUCUCCCAGCAACUUGAAAAUGUUUGAAAGGGCUGCAGAAAAGGGUAACUUUGAAUCUGCCGUGAAGCUGGGCAUUGCCUACCUCUACAAUGAAGGCUUAUCAGUCUCUGAUGAGGGUCGUGCAGAAGUGAAUGGGUUAAAAGCAUCUCGCUUCUUCAGCCUGGCGGAACGUCUGAACACCUUCGCAGCCCCAUUUGUUUGGCUUUUCAUUCGCCCACCUUGGUCUCUGAGUGGAAGCUGUUGUAAAGCUGUGGUCUACGAGAGCCUCAAAGCAGAGUGUCAGCAGCAAAAAGCUCAGAGAGGAUCAAUUCUGUAUUGCCUAGCUAAAGUUCUAAAUCUCUUUGAGGAUGAAGAGAAAAGAAAAGAAGCUCUUGAAAUGUUUGAGAACUCAUCGAAGCAGGGAUGCUUGCACAGCGCCUACCUCCUCUGGGAAAAUAACAGAAAAGCUUCUAUGUCAGACCCUGGUAGAUACCUUCAAAGUCUCAGGAAACUCAGGGAUUAUGCAGCCAAGGGCUCUUGGGAAGCCCAGAUUGCUCUAGCCAAAGCUUGUGGGAAUGGAAACCAACUAGGGCUGGAAACAAAAGCCUCCAAUGAGAUGGUGUCUCAGCUCUUCCAGGCCUCCCUCCCUCUCAGCAAGCAGAGCAUCUUCACUGUUCAGAAGGGAAUGAACGAGACAAUGAGAUACAUUCUGAUUGACUGGCUGGUAGAAGUGGCCACCAUGAAGGAUUUCUCAAGCCUCUGUCUCCAUAUGACAGUAGGGUGUGUGGACCGGUACUUGAAAAUAAGACCUGUAUCCCGGGCUUGUCUUCAGCUUUUGGGGAUUGCUUGCAUGGUUAUUUGUACACGUUUUAUCAGCAAAGAGAUUCUGACAAUACGGGAAGCUGUUUGGUUAACAGACAACACAUACAAAUAUGAAGAUCUUGUCAGGAUGAUGGGGGAGAUCAUUUCUGCCCUGGAAGGAAAGAUAAAGAUACCUACUAUUCUGGACUACAAGGAAGUGCUGCUGAACAUAAUCCCAUUGGAAAGAAGAACUGUGCAUCUCUACAGCUUCAUUUGUGAACUUUCACUCUUAAACACAGGCCUUUGCAUAUACUCUCCUGCCCGUUUAUCUGCAGCGGCCUUGCUGCUGGCCAAAGUAUUGCACAAGCAAGCUCAUCCUUGGACAAGCCAGUUAUGUGAAGCCACAGGGUUUUCCCUUGAAGAACUGAUACCCUGUGCGCUGAAUAUCCACAAAAAAUGUUUCCACGAGGAUGUCCCAAAAGAUUAUAGGCAGGUGUCCCUUACUGCAGUGAAACAACGAUUUGAAGAUGAGCGCUAUGAGGAAAUUGGCAAAGAAGAGGUGAUGAAUUACAGCCAGCUCUGCUCGCUGCUAGGAGUGAAACAUGAAGAUCCAGAGCCCGACUCCUUGUACAUGAACACAGUGGAAACAUUUCUCACUUCUCCAUCGGGAAAAAGAACUAAAAGAUAUUCUUUCCACAGGAGAAGAGAAGACAGCAUCCAGGAAGACAGGGGAAGCUUUGUAACGACACCAACAGCUGAACUGUCCAACCAGGAGGAGAGCCUUCUAGACAACUUCCUGGACUGGAGCUUGGAUUCUUGCUCUGGUUAUGAAGGAGAUCAAGAAAGUGAAGGAGAGAAAGAGGGAGAUGUUACAGCUCCAAGUGGAGUUCUGGAUGUAACUGUGGUCUGUACGGGCCUUGAAGAACACUGCUAUGGCUGUUGUGAAGAAUCCAGUGAUGAAGAGAGCAUUGCCAAAGAGGGAUCUACAUAUGACCUAAAUAACUAUGACCCACCAGGUGCUGGGAAGGGAUGGCUAAUGCACCACUGCCAACCAAAGGGCACCACUGAAGCCAGCUCUGGCUAUUCCUCUGUCAACAGUACCAGCCCUACUUCCACUAUAGAUUGCAACUUUGGAGCAUCUCCCAAAGCUACCUCAGUGCAGCCUCUGGGCCCUGCCAUGAACAAAGGCGGAUCUCCUCAUGGCUCAAAAUUAUGUUUACACUCCAGCAGAAGGCAAGCAAAACGGAAAAAUGUGGCUGAGUACAAUGAAGAAGAAAGGAUGAACUUGGGCUUCUUAAGCCUCUGAUGUCCUGGUGCUGUUUACUUUAACAACAAGCAGGUGCAAACAUGAUUGAAGGCUGCACAUGAGUUGCAUAGCCUUGGUCUCGCUGAAUGUUUACCUAAAGAAUUUCCCCCAAGACUUGUUGCUGUUGUCUUCCCCACAUAUUAUCCUGUGGCCAAAACAAGAUUUAGGCACUAGCAGGCAUAAUUGUGGCAUUUCCUCUGCAGAAUAUGGCCCACAAAAAGUGUUCCUUUCCUCUCCUGUUCCAUGUAAACUAUGUCUGCCCAUGACAUGAUCAAGUAUUCUUUACUAGGGUUCACUGUCAUUCUUGGCUCUGCUCUAAUGCCUUUCUUCAGUAUCCCAAGAGGUGGAUACUUCCCUGUUAGUGGUGUUGAGUUUGGCCCAUCUGAGGCCUUUGUUGCCUGUGAAGUAUUUGGUCUGACAGUUGAGAUCUGCACUGCCUCUUCAUUGCUUCUGCUACUUCAAAGCAGCUGCAUCUACUGUAGUUUACUAAGAAGCAAAGUGAUCCUGUUUACCAAUUUAUUGUUUUAAGGAUGGGGGCUAUUUUUGCCCUUCUGUGCAUAUUAAGCAAUAUAGUGGCUUUUGUGAGCUAGCGGCAAACAGCUACCUGUGGGAGAUGUAAUCUGUUUUAAUAAUUUGGAUAAGUGUCUUAUUUUUUUAUUUUUCUCUUUAUUUUCCUCUCAAUAUUCUUUCUCCUUUCCCUUUUUUCUGUUGUUAUCUGCUCCUUUAUACUAGGCCCCUUUGAUUACUAAAAUGUAAAGGUUCUACCUCUGCUAUAAUUGCAGUGGUGCUUGAAAAAUUAUUGCUACACAAACGUUUGAUGAUGGAAAUUAAUUUUACUUGAAUUAACUGUUACCACUUCA